CUCAAUGCCCAAUCCUCAGAAUUCAUUUCCUCUCUUCUGUCUCAUCUCAGCAGAAGAAACUUUGUCCUUCUUUCCAAGAUCUCUUGUUUAAUCAGAAAGAUUUUAGGGUUCCACCGUAAAUUCUCCAGUAUGGAGAGUAUCAUUUCGCUCGAUUCGGAGAACUACGGUGUUGGAGGUCAAAACAUGAAAAUAGCUGGAGAGAAAACGAUGAAGAGCUCCAAAGUAGGAGGUGGCCAGAGGAAAAGGCUUUCCGAUAUAAGCAACUUGAAGGAGCAACCUACACUCCAGAAGCGAGAUACGAUGCCACAGCCGAGUUUGCUUAUGACCCAUGAAUAUGUUGAUAAGUUACAGAAGGAAAAUAUGACACUCAUGAAAGUUAUCGCAGAAAGAAAUCGCAUAAUUGAGAUAAGUGGAAAUGAGUUGGAGAAAUUGAGAACUAAUUUUCAGAAAUUGCAGCAGCAGAAUCUGCAACUUGCCCAAGCAAACAGUCAAAUGUUAGCGGAACUUAAUUCGGGUAAAGAACGGCUAAAAGCACUUCAGCAUGAGCUUGGAUGUAAAAAUGGCAUUCUUAUGUCAAGAAAGCUGGAUUUGGAGAGAAAAGGAAAAUCAGCAACACUUGAACCUGGAGAGGUAGGGACCACCGAGUGUAGUGAGGCAGAGGAAUCUAUAAAUGCAAAUCAGGAUAACAGGCCUUGCAAAACUAACAGGCGACGACAAUCCAGACGAGAAUCUUUUGGCACGUCAUUUCUUCAGAAAGAGGUUCCAAGGGUUGAAGGCAAAAGGCCUUGUUUGAGAAGGCAGUCUGCAAAAUUCAAAACCGAGGAACCGGUGGCUGCCAAUGAUAUUCUGGAGACAGAAAAUUCCAAUUCUAAUGAUGCUUCUCAAUGUAAAGAGACUUCAGUUCAUCAAACAGAGGUUCAAAAGGUUGAAGGCAAGAGGCCUUGUUCGAGAAGGCAAUCUGCAAGAUUCAAAGCUGAGGAACCAGUUGCUGCAAAUGACUUAUUCCAGAUAGAAGAUUCCAAUUCUACCGAUGCUUCUCAAUGCAAAGAGAUUUCAGUUCUUCAAACGGACGUUCAGAAGGUUGAAGGCAAAAGGCCUUGUUUGAGAAGGCAGUCCACAGGAUUCAAACUCAAGGAACCAGUGGCCGUCAAAGACUCAGUUGAGAUUGAAAAUUCCAAUUCUACCAGUACAUUUCUGUGCAAAGAAGAGGUCAUGUGUGAAGUUGGAAAAAUUGUUCCAACUUCAUCAGUAGAAAAAGAAGUUUAUGGCAAUUCUACUGAUAGAUCAGAAGUUCAAGAAUGUCGGAGGAUAUCUGUUGGUAGGCCGUCAAGGCGAGCCGCUGAAAAAGUUAUUUCCUAUAAGGAAAUUCCACUUAACGUCAAGAUGCGUAGACAGAUAUGAUCAAUCCUAACCCAAAUUUCCUCUUCUUGUUGUCGUCGAGGGGAGAGAGUUGUGAUAGUAGUAGAUAUUGAAGACUAGACAGCACCACUAGUUUUGUAUCUGUACCAUUUGAUAGCAUUAGAUUGUGCACUUACUGUAAAAAACUCUAGUUUGCUUCCUUGUGCCGUUGAGACUAAAUGAGCUCAUUGCAUUCAAACCUUAUUCACAACAUCUUUCAUACUAAAAUCCAAUUACUUUUAGGACUUACAACCAAUCAGCUCACUAGGAAGCUAUUUUAUCUUUGAAACACUCUUGUUUUGCCUCGGUAAAGUAAACUGAUGUAUCUAGAUGGAUGUAGCGCACACUAGUUUAUAUUUGAA